GUCCUUCCAGGGCUGUUCUCAGCACCUGAUCGACUUUUUCAGCAGGGCCAAGUACACCACAACUCUGGAGGUGCUGGUCUGAUCGAGCAAGUUCAAGCAAUCCGGUUGCAGCCCAGGUAAGGCGAUCAUCAGGGACGGGGAACCUGAACAGCUAAGCGAAGGAACAGAGGAGGUGAGUGUUUGGAGAGAAGUGAAGAGGAGGAAGGCAUGGUUUUAGGGGGAAGAGUAGGGAUGGAGGAAGGGAAGCACUGAAGGGAGCGAGAGGAAAAGAGGGCAGGAACAAGGCCGAACGGUGGUGGGGGGAGAGGGAAGAGGAAAGAAUGGUUAGCCCCGGAAAGAGGAAAGAAGGGAGAGAAGGGAAGGGGAAGAUAAGCAAGUCGAUAAGUUGCAGUAGUGAAGGACAGCGAGAUAAGGGUGAGGGCGAGGGAGGGAGAGGGAGACGGGUAGGCGACUGGGGAGAUAGGGAAGGAAGGAAGAGUGCAAAAGUAUGCACGAGGGAGUAAGGGGCGGGUGACGGGCAGCGGAUAAAGGCAUAGAAAGGAGGAAAACCGAUAGGAAAGGCAGCGAGGCGGAUCAGGGGAGCGAGGAAAGAUAGGAGGAAGGCGAGAAAGAAGGCAGAAGGGUGUUUGGGGGGGUGGAGGGAGGAGGAGGAGGAAACUCUGGACAGCGCAGUAAAGAGGGAAGAAGGGGGAGGAGGAAAGGGGAGAAGACAGGUAAGUAGGUAAAUUGGUAGAUAGGGAAGGAGGCACGAACUCUGGCGAGCCUCAAGGUGGUGUUAUAUCGUCUACAAAUCGAAUAAAUCGGAAGAAAGAAAGCGCAGAGCGGGUGAGUGUUUGGAGAGAGAUGAGCGGAUAGAGGAAGAGAACGGAGGGAAGGAGACGAAGGACAGAGAGAGAGAAGUAUAUAGCGGGAUAUUUCGGGGGGCGGGGCGGGGCGGCGAGGGGUGAAGGGGGGCAAGUGGUAGAGAUGAAAGCGACGGCAAUGAACGAGGCGACGUAAUGGCCAAGGGAAUGAGCGUGGGACGGAAGGAAAGAUCGGCCAUAUCCAGCUCUGCACAAAUGUUCCUCGAAGUUGUCGAUCUACACCGCUUUGAACGGCCAGAGAUUCGGUAGUUCCUCCAUUUUCCGGGUUGGAAAAGCCGUCUGCUGGUUUCAGAAAGUUGCGCAACUCGGCGAGAGACGGGCUUGUUGAGAGGAGCUAUUGGUUCGUCGGUCGACUUCCCGCGGGCGCGCAUCUUGCAGUCGUUCUUAGGCGCUUGGGAGGAGGUAGGUUGAGUAGGUUGUUUUGCGGGGGCGAGGAGGGGAGGAAGCUGGACGUGGAGUAAUGCCCGGCUGUCUUUUGUUUUUGGCGCUCGGCGGUGUAAGCGUCUCGGUACGCCACAAUCAUGGGUCAAUUAUUUUCGAAUUUCUCGAAGAACAAGGUAACGGAUGUGGACAGAGCGAUAUUGACCUUGAAGACCCAGAGAAGGAAACUUCAAGAGUUCCAAGGAAGGAUGGAGGCGGUGUUGGAAAGAGAGAAGGAGGCCGCGAGGUUGCUUGUGGCUCAGAAGAAGCGCGAUAGAGCGCUUCUGGCGUUGAAGAAGAAGAAAUACCAAGAGCAAAUGCUGGAGAAAGUCGACGUCUGGAUUAUGACCGUGGAACAACAGCUGGGCAACAUCGAAAUCGCGGGGCGGCAAAGGGAUGUGUUUGAGAGCAUGAAGGCGGGAGCAAAAGCCAUCAAGGAAUUGCAGAGAGAGGUGAACGUGGAGGAUGUCCAGAAGCUCUUGGAUGAUACAGCGGAAGCCAGGGCUUAUCAGCGUGACGUGGAUGCUGCACUGGGAGAAGCCUUGGAAGACGAAGCUGAGGAGGGAGUUUUAGCUGAGUUGCGUCUCCUGGAGGACGAAAUCAUGGUCGAAGAGUUGCCGCCGGUGCCAACGUCGAAACCAGAAGCUGUCCCGGAAAGACAUGUCAAGCCGCGGGUGGAAGAGGGCCCCCAGCGGAAGCGUGUUGCAAUCGCCGUAGAGGCGGAGAGUCACGGUCGCACAACGGCAGCAGCAGCAGCAGGUGCUCGAGUCGCCACUGAUGAUGAUAGGCACGUCGUCGGUGAGAUCGGUGGCGCGCCGGAAUCAUCAAAGAGCCAAAGAAGUGAGUUGGGCGCGACGGCGCAGCGGGUGGUAGGAGAGAAACAAGGAGGAGGUGCGGCAGAAGAGCAGGCUUUAGCAGCUGCGAGCACAAAGAGUGCUCCUGGCAGUUCGGUUGAGGAGGAUUUUGAGAUGGACGAGGACGACAAGGAGGAAUUGGAAAAGCUAGAGAGGGACGCUGAACUGCUUGAGAGAUUAAUGUUAGAAGAAGAAGAGGAACAGAACACCACGAUGACGGCAAAGACGAUGGAAGGAGAAGCAGCGACGACGGCCGACGACGGCAGAAGAGCUGCAACCCGAGCUGCUGCUGUCGUCGUGGACGAGGAAGAACUCGAUUUACCAGCUGUGCCAUCGGAGCCGGUGGCACGAACAACGAGAACGACUACCAUAGCCGGAAGAGCGACGAAUAGACAGCGCUCUGUCGGGGAACCUCUCCUCGCGUGACUCCUUCCUUCAUCCUCCUCCUUUUCCUGAUUCGCCUCUGCUUGCCCCAUUGCUCUUUCUCACGUUGGUGCGGAUGAUGACUGACCGCAUGAUUGCCUACCCUUCUACUGCCUAGUGCACCGUCUUUUCUGACUGUUUUCCAGCUCAUCUCAGUAUAUAAACUGUAUAUGGAAAUAACAACUCACAACAAAGCUAUAGUACUUUUGUCGGGUUUCGAAUCCGAGCUGUAGAGGCCCAGCUGCGACACACUGUCAUGUUACGGCGAUGGUGGCGAUGAUGAUGACGACAAGGAUGAUGGCGAUGGGAGGCUCUGCGUCUGAUACGUGUCUAGGAUCCUAGGCGUUGCUUGUGGGUAAGGAGGGACAGGUUUUUUAUGUGUACAUGUGGAAGAGACUCCGAUCGGGACGUUGUUUUUGGCGAUCUACUUGCAGUGCCACGUCUGUAUCCUCCUCUUAGGAGGUGGAGUCGUUUUUGGCUUUCCCUCGUCCCCUCCUGUGAAACCAUUGCUGGCGUUGCUCUCUCUCUCUCUCUCUGUCUCUCUCUUUUUCCCUCCAUUUAAUUGUGGGUAGUGCGACCUUCAGCGUAGCAUAGAAAGGUACGAGUAGCACGUGGGUUUGUGCCAGGUUUGUUCGUGUAUUGAAUUCUGUACGCUACGCUUUGGAUCAUUGGUUAACGAACUGAUGAUGAUGAUGAUGAUGAUUUUAAUUUUGAUUUAUGAUGAUGGUGGUCAUCAUCGUUGUGAUCGAUGGUGAUGAUAAGGAUGACGAGGAGGAGGACUGAGCUGGGACGGUAGCAUUGUUUUAGAUCGUUGAGGAGGAAGGAACUUCGGAAGUACAGUACGGGGAGACGUGAAUGAGGCCCGGAUUCCGAUCUGGUGCUGGCUCGCUCGUUCAGCUGACUCCCUUUCAGUAUAAUCAUUCUUUGGACAGCUUUAUCAAUUGACCUCAGGAAAAUGGGCACUGUCGCUUAUUGGUAAAAGAAGGGCGAGCGACUGUUACUGUUAAUGGCACGGCGACAUUAAGAAGAUAGUGUUAUUUAGGGUGCAGUCACUAGUGAAGUUUACGUUUCUUCUUUUUUGUAUGAAGUUCACGUUUCUUUGGACGUCGCGCAGGAGGAGGGACGUGGAUAGGAUGAGGAUGGUGAUGAUGUGUUAGGGCGGAGGUCGAGGAUGGAAAGAGUUGUUUUGCUGUGGCACGUGCGGCCACGGUCGUUGGUACGAAAGCCACUCACCUUAUCGAGCGGAGUGGCAUAUACCUCUCUCUCUCUCUUUCUUUCUCUCUCUCUCGCUUCUUUUUCUUCCUCCUCCCCUUGAAGAAAGGUACGAACGAGUUAUCCCCCCGGUCCUCCCUGGGCGCCGCAGCCCGACGAUACUUCGUCCUUUGGAGAAGAGGAAGAUCAAAUUGCUGUACCCAUCAGGAUCAGCGUUGUUCAUGUUCAUUCGUUGUGUCGUUUGAUCAACACGUAAGCAAGGGGAGACUUGUUGUGUGCUGUAGCUUCUGCCGUGUCUAAAGGCAGGCACUCCAGUAUUUGGAUGAGCUUGGAUCUAUUUAUUCGUCUUUGGUUGUGUCUCUUACUACUUUUGCCGUCUCCGCCGUCGUUAAAAAAGGUGUGUUUGGAAGAAGACGAAACGUCCGGGACCGAAUGUGCGCGUCUGACAGUUGGUUUAUUGAGACACGCGUGAUGGUUGGUUGAAGAGUCGUGGGGCGCUACUCACCACUAUGGGAUAACGAGAAUCUAUCGCCUGCUACAACG